AUGGUCGACUCAAGUGACCGAAGACAGCGUGUGUAUCACCGCCGUGGUGAAAGGUUCAGGGAUAGCUGUGUCGUGGAGGAGGAGCGCAGCAGACGAGCGUCGACUUUGAUAUGGGCAGGUAUAACUGCAAACGACAGGACAUAUCUUGUUUUCUUGGAUCAAGGUGUGGGACGUGGAGGAAGAAGACGCCGCUUAGGAUUGAAUGCUCAACGGUACAUUAAUACCGUCCUACAGCCUGUCCUGGUUCCAUUCGUUCAGCAGCAUCCUAGGACGUUAUUCAUGCAGGACAACGCAAGACCGCACGUAGCGAGAGUAUCCUUGAAUUUUCUGCAACAAAACGGGGUACAGCUUCUUGCUAACUGGUCAUCCAUGUCUGCAGACCUAAACCCAAUUGAACACCUUUGGGAUCACUUAAAGCAGCGGAUUCGGAAGAGACAAAACAUUCAUGACGUACAAGGACUUCGGGUUGCACUACAGGCCGAAUGGCGUCAGAUUUCACAGGCGACUAUCCGCACCCUAGUAAGGUCCAUGAGGCGACGAUGUACAUCUGAGGGAAAACAUGUUGGUUCUGUCUUCAGAAUAUGUUCUGGUUUGGUAAAACGAAGAGAUAUUCACCUGAGAGCGUGUAAUGAAUCACAUACUAGGGAGCAUGUUGGAAAUGUGUUUCUUCAAACACAGCAGGAAUGGGCAUGUAAAAUAUGUGCCUUGACUACUGAUAAUGCCGCAGAUAUGAAAAUUGCUGCACAAACUGCUCAGAUACCUAUCAAUAUUGGAUGUUUCGCUCAUACACAUAACCUACCGUAUGGAAGGGCUUUGGAUCUGAAAGAGGUUCACCAAGUACUGGCUAAUAUGAGAUCCAUUGCUUCUUUUAUAUAUAGAAGUACCACUGCAUCAUCUCUCCUAAGUAAAAACUCUCAGAGAAUAAAUUGA